AUGACACUAUUGGCAGCAAUCAUUAUAGGAAUAGCUCUUAACGCCGUUUUGCAUUCAGAAAGCUUGAUAGUGCGAGCAAGAAUACAAUAUAUGCAAAUGUAUGACUCUAGAUAUGACAAAGGCGGUUAUUACAGGCCAUAUGACAGAGGUAUUUAUUACAGGCCAUAUGACAGAGGCGGUUAUUACAGGCCAUAUGACAGAGGCGUUUAUUACAAGCCACAAGAGCCAAGUUCGUACAAUCACUACUAUUCUAGAUAUAACGAAGAAAGACCGCCUGAUUAUGGAGUUUCACAUAAAACAAAAGCACCAAAAAUGCAUGACUGCAGAAAAAUUAACUUCUACAGUAAAAAGAUUAAUGCUGGGUAUCUUUAUAAUGUAGGUACAAAGCGGUUUAUAGGCACGGAUGACAAGAAAUAUUGGGUGUCUGCGGUGGAUAUACAUUCGAAACCUCUUCCUAUUGCAAUUGUUGCAUCGUUUGGAGAUGGUGUAGGAGUCUACACUGAAAUUCUUUCUGUGGAUAGUGUGGAAAGCCCGAAUCUUGGAAAUAAAACAAGCACCGGAUAUUAUGAGAAUGUAAAGAGAAUCGAUGUAGGUGGAGGAAAAAACAAUAAAUCCUGUUAUUUACAUGACCGUAGCUCUACCUAUAAUAGAUUUUCAAUAACCCCUCCUUAUUACAAAGGAGGCUCAGAAUUUAAAAUACUAAAAUCUCCAAACUGUUUGGGCGUGACCACAGACAACUCUUUAAUCGAGAUGCCUUGUGUAGAUGAUACUACUGAAGGCGAGGGCACCGAAGAGAAUGACCGACAACUUUUCAAAUUUUGUAGAACCAUUUCUUCUGAUAUUUCUAAAUGUUAAUUUUUGUCUAGGUAUGGAUUUCACGCAAUUCACUAAUGAUUCUAGUGUAUACGCGCCUGCUAUAACAUAAAAUGUAUAUGUGUUACAUUUCUGACUAGCCAGAAAGCACUGCAUUUUAUUUCUAUAUUCCUAGGCAACUUGUCUUUUUUCUAGCACUAAUGUCUUUUUGUUGGUAAGUUCUUUUUGUGAGAUUGGGCGAUUAAAUUAAGUUUUUGCCUAUUUGUAAUAUAUGCAC